AUGUCGGGCGCCUCGAGCACCUUCGCGGGGCUCCGCAUCCAGGACCGCGAGGGAAAGAAGCUCGCGACGGUGGCGGUGGAGGUAUCGAGGCGCGGCGUACGGCUCGAGGGCAAGAAGGGGACGCUGGGUAACUUCCCGUUCCAGUCCAUCGGCAGCUGGACGCGCGCGUCGGCGCGAUCCCUCGGACUGGUCGUCGCCGCGAACAACGCGCAGCGCGAGGUGAUCCUGCACGCGGACGACCCCAAGCUCGUGGACGCCGUCCUGACCGCGAUCGACGCCACGGUGCAGGCCAUCCUGCACGAGAUGAGCAGCACGCCGGGCGGGUCCGCGGCGAUGUCGACGGAGAACCCGGAAGCCACGUACGCGACACCGGACGCGAGCUCGGGCAGCGAAGGCGACGCGGCCGAAGGCGCGGGCGCUUCGCCGUCCUCGCCCGCGGAGGUGAGCUCCACGGGCGGCGGCGGCGGUGACGGGUCGCAGAUGACCCGCACGGAGUCCGUGGCGAAGAUGCGCGCGGCAGCCGCGGACAAGAAGCGGCGCGAGGCGGAGAAUCGAGCGGCGCUCGCCGAGCGAAAUCUCGCCGCCGCCGAGAAGGAAGUCGCCGAGCUUCGCGCGCGACUCGCCAACUCGGGGGCGGGCGACGGCGGGGGCGACGACGUCGGCACGCUCGCGUCGGACCUCAAGGUGGCGCAGCUCGAGGAGGAGCUCAGGAACGUCUCCGCGCAGCUCGACAGGGCCAUCGAGCGACAAGACGCGGUGUCCGAACGGGAGCUGCGGGUAUCGGCGCGGGAGCAAGCCGUCGCGGAGGCUGAGCUCGAGGACGUCGAGGCGGAGGCGGACAAGAUCGCCAGGGAGGAGGCCGCGAGCGCCGAGCUGGCGGAGGAGAGGAGGAAGCGGACGGAGGCGGAGCGCGCGCUCGAGGCGUCGGCGGAGCAAAUCGAGCGACUGAGGGCGAAGCUGGACGAGCGUCCGGAGAUCAUUCCCGCGACUCCUCAGCCCGCCCCGGUCGACGACGACGGCGGUCGCGUCGCCGAGCUCGAGCGCGAGCGGGACGAGUGGCGUGCACGCGCGGAGAACCUGUCGGAGGAGCUCGAGAGGGCCAAGGCUGCGGCCGUGGCGUCCGCGCGGGUCUCCGAGGCGCUCGCCGCGAAAGCCGCGACUCCGAUCAAAUCGGCGUCCACGUCCCCGAGGCUCUCCGCGUCGUAUUCCGGGGACGAAAAGUCGGCACCCGGGGACGAGACGCUCCGAGCCGAGGCGCUUCGACGCGCGGCGGACGCGGAGCGCGAGCUCGCCGCCGCGAAGGAGGAGACGCGCGAGGCGAGGCGGCAGUCGAAGGACUCGGCGUGGCGCGCCGACGUAGCCGAGGAAAAGGCGAAAGUCGCGGAGGGUCGAGCCGCGGCGGCGGAGGCUCGCGCCCGGCAGACCGCCGCCGCCGCCGAGGCCGCGGGUGCGCUCAACCUGGAGACCGCGGGCGUGGAGGCGAAGGCUGAGCUCGUGGAGGUGAAGAUCAGGCUUCGCGCCGCGGAGGCGGAGUUGGAGUCGGCGCGGGGGGAGGUCAAAGUCGCGAGGGAGGAGGCGGACUCGGCUCGAGCGGCGGCGGCGCAGCUGUCGGCGUCGGCCGCCACCAACGCGGCCGCCGCGGCGGCGUACUACUCGGCGCAGGGCUCCUCCGUGGAUCGCCUCGAGGCGGAUGCGAGGGCCAAGGACGCCUCAGCUGCGGUGUUUUCCAGCAUGGCCGCGGACGCGACGGACCCUCGAACGGUUAUCGACGCUCGUACUUCGACGCCCGGGAGUACCUCCCCGCACACGUCCGCCACGGCCGCGGCGACGGCCGUCGCCAUGCAGUCGCACGCAGAGGCCGAGGGCCUCCGAGUCGAGCUGGAGCAGGCGCGCGCGGACCUGAGGCGACACGAGGAGCGAGCAAAGAGCGUGGCGAGAGAUUUGGACGAGGCGUGGACCAGCGCGGGGGAAGCGCACGUCGGAUCCCGGGCGCUGGCCACCGAGCUGGACAGGGCCAAGGCUGACGCCGACGCGUUGUCCCAGGAGUUGCUGAGCGCGGGGACGCCGAUGUCGCGCGAGCUCGUCGCGUCGGAGCGCGCGCGGUUCGAGGCGCAGCUCGCGGCGGCGAAUAAGGUCUCGAGGCGGCUCGGCGAGGAGAAGGGCGACCUGGAGGCUGCGCUCAAGGCUGAGUCCAGGGAACGCGCGAGGGUGGAAAAAGCCCGAGAGACGCUCGAGUGCCACCUGAACGACGCGAACGAUCAGAUGGCGUCCCUUCGCGAGGAACUCUCGCGCACGCUCGGCCUCCUCGCCGCCGCUAGGGACGAAGCCGCCGCCGCGUCCAUGGCGAGGACGGAGCUCGAAGUCGAGAUGCGGUCCAUGCGCCACGACGCCGAGGAGAUCGCCGGGCGACUCGACGAGCACGAGUCGGAACACACCGCCGAGCUACAGGCGGCGGUUCGCGACAGGAAACGGCUCGCCGAGGCGUUACGCGAGGUGUCUGCGGAGCGCGACGCAGCGCUUCGAAGAUCCGCCGAACACGAAGCUCGCGUCGCCGCCAAGGAAGGCGAACGCGACGGCGUCGCGGUGAGAGCCGCGACGGUCGCCGCCGAGGCCGAGGCCGUCUCCGAGGCUGCCAAACGCGACGUGGAGCGGAUGCGUCGCAGGGUGGACUCCGCCGAGGCGAACGCCAAGGCGGCCGCCGCGGAGGCCCGGGGGCUCAAGGCUGAGCUCGACGCGGCGCGGUGCUCGAGGGACGCGGCCGUGACGGAACUGCGCGAGGAGCGGGCUAGGCGCGAGCAGCUCGAGCUGGAGCUCGGAUCCGCCAGCCCGGGCACCGGAUUAGAUCGCAAAUCCGUCGACGCGCUCACCAGGGAGGCGGAGGCGGCGCUCGCGAGGGCGUCGAGGGCGGAGAAGGAAGCCGCCGACGAGGUGGCGAGGCUCAGGCUCGAGGCGGAGAGCCUCGCGGAGCGGAUGAAGGCGGCCAACGUGGACGCCGCGUCGCGCGCGAGGCACGAUAAGCUCGCCGGCCUGGUCCUCGAGCUGGACGCCACCGAGAAGGAGGUGGCGAGAAAGGCGGAGAGGAACGCGCGGACGAUGGCGCAGCUGGACGAGUCCGUCGCCGCGCUCGCGCUUCGACUCAAGGAGAAACCAGCGCAACUCUUCGAAGUCGCCGAGGAGAGCCUCGCGCGGGACGCCGCCCGUCUGCGCCGCGAGGAAUCCGUGGGCGUGGCGAGGAUCAUGGGCAUGAAGCCGUUGACGCUGUCGGACGGGUCGAACCGGCACCGGCCGUGGUUCCCCGACGUGGCGCCACUUUCGAGCAAGCCGCGGAGUGUGAAGCCCGGCGUGAGGCCCACGGACAUACCAGGCGGCGAGUCUGGUCCGGCGAAAUCGUCCGCGGCGUCCGCGGUGGCGCAGUACGCGAGGGAGGCGGCGGAGGCGGCGGAGGCGGCGAGGGCGAGGAAGGCUGAGCGCGAGCGCGAGUCCGCCAAGAGCCAGUACGAGUACUUCUACGGCGGGUCUUACUCUGCCGAUGCGGCGACGGUGUUCAAGGCGCAGCCCAGGCGGACUCAGGACAAACCGCCUCGAAGCGGGGCGGCCCCGGCGAGGGCGCAGGCGUCGAACGCCAAGCCGCCCGCGGUUGCGCCGCCAAAGGCUGUGAAGAUCGUGAUCAAGCAGUCGGGUCGCGCGGCGGAGGAGGCUGAGGACGAGUCGCGUUGGAAGGAGCGGUUGGGCGAGAUUGAGGCUGAGAACGCGGCGGUGCGGCUGCGACUGCACUCCAUGGUGGCGGAUUCGGAGUCGAUAGUCAGGAAGGAGUUCGGGGAGGACGCGGACGUGCCCCGGGCCGUGCCCCCACCCGCUCCCUCGGCUCCGUGA